AUGGCUCCCGCCGCCGUGCAGCCGCCCGAGGUCCAGUUCGCGCAGCGGCUGGCCGCCAACGAGAAGCGCAUCCGGGACCGCGCCUUGAAGAAGCUGCGGGGGUACAUCAGCGUCCGCACCCAGCGCCCGGCAGGUGGCUUCAGCCAGGAAGAACUGCUAAAAAUAUGGAAGGGCCUGUUCUAUUGUAUGUGGAUGCAGGAUAAACCUCUGCUACAGGAGGAACUUGCAGACAAUAUCUCACAGCUUAUCCAUGUGAUUCAGAAUACAGAGGCUCGACACCUGUUCAUUCAGACAUUUUGGCAAACUAUGAACCGUGAAUGGAAUGGGAUAGACAAUCUGCGUCUUGAUAAGUACUAUAUGCUAAUGCGUAUCAUUUUGAGGCAAUCCUUUGAAGUGCUGAAAAGAAAUGAAUGGGAUGAAAGUUUAAUCGAAUUAUUGCUGCAGCUACUAAUGAAAGAAGUUAUGGACCCAGACAGCAAUGCUCCCACGGGGAUAAAGUUACAUUUCAUUGAUAUCUAUUUGGAUGAAUUGGCUAAAGUUGGUGCAAAGGAGCUCACAGCAGACCAGAAUCUCAAGUUCAUUGAACCUUUCUGCAAAAUUGCUGCCAAAUCAAAGGAUCGAUGUGUGCUGCAUGCUGUAGCUGCUGGUAUCUUUGAGAUGAUUGUGGAUCAGUCCCCCUACGCCAUCGAGGACCUAAUGAAAGAACUGGGUAGCAACAGUGAUGAGGAGGAUGUGUCUGAAGAAGACAAACAGGAAGAUGAACAGGUGCUUCAAACCAAAGCAGACAGAUGUUUGUCAAGAAGAUCAGUGCAGAGCUCUGAAAAAACAGAGGACGUUUAUGAAAAUGCUGAUGGUGGUAUCGGGACUGUUCUUCAGUUUGAUUAUAAGGCUGUUGCUGACAAACUCUUUGAAUCGGCGAGCAAGAAAAAUACACCUUCCCUUAACAGAAAGCGUCUGUACAAGCUGGUCAAAAAGUUCCAGGACUUAGCAGAAGGAAUCUUCCCCCAAGAUUUUCCCGAAGAUGUUUCUACAGAUGAAGAUGAUGAUGAAUUCAGCAGGGGAAGGCGAAAGAAAAAAGCUGUCAAGCCUUGGGAGAAAAGCAAGUUGGAAAAAGUAAAAGAGGAUGAACAAGAGAUGUCAAAUGCAAAGGAGGCCUCAGUUCCCCAGAAGAAGAGGAAAAAAAGGAAGAAGAGGGACAGCCCAAGUGCUGAUUCUGGAACAGCUGAUGGAAAUUGUGAGGAGGCAAUAGCUGAAACAUCUGGGUCUAAUGUUUUUAGCAAGGGAAAGGUGCCAGAAAAUAACAAGGAAAGGAAGAAAAAGAAAUUGCUAGUAAAUGAGGCAAAUGAGACCACAAAUGUAGCAACUGACACCAGAGAAAAUCACAGUAUCUCUGCGCAGAACAGUGCAAGUGACGCAGAACAGAGUAAAAAGAGUCAGUUGAAGAAAGUGAAUCCAAAAGUGCAAAAUGUUCCUGUAAAGCCAACAUGUCAGAAUGGACCAGCUAAUGCCAGUGAGGCAGAGGACGUCAGCCCAUCUGUCACACCAUUAACGCCUAAGGUCAUGAAAAAGAAACAGAAAGCAGGGGCCGUCUUGGUGAAUGGGGAUACCCUUUUGCAGCAGACUGACAUGAAAUCCAACAAGGAGGACUUGCUGGGGACCCUGUCAGGAGAUGCAGACUCUGAAUCUGCGCCCUCCAGAAAGAUCAAAUUGAAGACAAAACUAGUUGGUUUGGAAGGAAUGAAGGUCUCCAGCCAGAAAGCAGCAACCUUGAAAAAGAAGAGAAAAGUAAAAGAGGCGUUAAACUCUGUCGAAGCCAAUGGAGUUCUGGAGACUGCAUGCAAGAAAAGCAGGAAGAGGGAAAGCAGUGCUGCUCUAUCACCAUUAAAGAAAAAGAAAGCAAAACCAGGAAGUGAUUUUUUAAAAUUUGAAAAAUCGACUUUACCAAAGUCAGUAUUCUUCAGGAAAGCCAGAAGCACCAUCUCUUCCACCAGGGGAUCCAUGCAGCUGAACAAGCUGCAGUCAUCCAGCUCCAAAAAAGUCACGUUUGGCUUGAAUAAAAACAUGACUGCUGAAUUUAAAAAGACUGACAAAAGUAUAUUAGUGAGCCCAGAAGGACCCUCCCGUGUGGCUUUCAAUCCUGAACAGAAACCCCGCCAUGGGGUGCUGAAGUCACCCACAGGUACCCCAGCAGGAGAGCCUCAAAUGAAGAAACCAUUUACUGUAUCAGCUAAGAAGAGACCAACUGCUAUGGACUUCUUUUAAACCAACAGAUGUGGCCUACUUUUGUACAGGACAUUUUGCUAACCUAGAAUGUUCUCUGGAGGUAUUUUGAACUUCUUUAUUUUUUUAAGUUAAUACAAAUUGUAUAUACAAAAUUCUGAUUGUGACCUGGGUCAUCGCUAUUUUGACACCGCUUCAGCUGUAUCUUGAAAUACUUGUUUUGUCUAUUUACAGAAAAGAAACAAAGCCCAAUCUCUGCUCAGGUUUGGUCUACAAAAAGUAUGGUCUCUGCCCAUUUCAUUCCUGAGAGAUUUGUUCAUUUAAUUAGGGAAUGUUCAGGGUUUUAUUGUUCCAGUGAUUUUUUUUUUGAGACAGUUUCAGAAAACUUGCACUUCAUGCUAUUAAACUUUCAUUGGACAGGGCUUAAAACAGAAGAAGACAAUGUAGAUUUUAAACCUCCUAGUUGUUCAUGUAUUUUAAAAUUUUAGCCCAUCAUUUUUUGUGUGUCACCCUUGGCAUCCUGUUAAUUCUUCUUCUGGAAAUAAUGAUUACCUCAUGUCUCUAUUUAAUAACAGCUGGACUUGGGUAGCUUUACAGAUAAUAAGCAAGCUUCCCCUGGGAUAAGAAAUGCCUAGCUGCUGAAGUGGUCAUUGUGGCAAAUAACCCUUCACAGCUGGUUGCCUGCUGAGUUGGGAACAGUCACCACAUUAUUUUCAGUAACACAAGUGCCAAAGCUGGCUUACACUUGUCAUAUUGUAAGCUGGCUUCUUCUAUUUACUGUAACUGAAAUUAUGCUCUCGCACAGGAGAAAUCUUUGCUAUUUCCAGGUCUUUGCCCUACCCCCACUGCUGUCUUUCCUGAAGGUCUGACAAGACUCCUAGUUUUCUACUUUAGCAGCUGGUGUCACCACAUUUUACCAGAACUCAGAUCUCAUUCAGUGAAUGAACCUCUGAUUGUCCUAAAGUGAGCUAGAUUGGUGUAGUGUGUCUUUGGUUAGGACACACAUCUCUCUCUAAAAGCUUUGGUGCCUCUCAAUACAGGGUAAAACUUUACAGCCCAGACAGCUUGGUUUUGGUUUUGAUGUAGAACCAGAAGAAUUCUUUCUACAGCAUUUCCUUGCAUUAAGUUUUUAUUUGGAUAUUUUAUUACUACUGCGCAUGUUUUGUUUUUUCUUUGCUGCUUUGGUAAAGAAUGAGGUGUACUUCUGCGAGAAACCAUUAAUGUGUUCUGAGGGGGAACUGUGAGGAAUGGGAGAGCAAAUGAAAAUAAAAAUGUUUUUGAUAUGGUUGGAAGAUUUGAAAUCUUUCUUUGAAAGUUUUGCUUAUGAGAAUAAGGCAAAGGCUUUGCAGCAGAUCUCUACAUUAGUGCUCGGCUUCAAAGCACAACCUGGUGCCAAAGCAAAGCUAUUAAUGAAGCUUCCCACCAGUUACUUCUGUGAUCCUAUAAGAGAGAGGGUAGGUCGGCUUCAUUACAUUCUCUUAUGAUAACUGGUAAACAUUUGGCUACUUCAGCCAGCAAAGUUAAAUUUUGUGACAUAAUAUAUUUUCAUACUUCAAAACUACUGUUCAGCAGUCUUUGAUGCUGACUUCUGCCAGAUCACUCCCCAUAAGCAACUGGAUUGAAACUGCUCUUUCAUGGCUUACCUAGAAUUUCUUCAAAAUACUUGUGUACCUGUAGAUUACUGGUUGGUCUCAGUUGCUCAAUUCUAAUCCAUGCCAGUUCUUGCACUAGGUUUGGUUUGUAGUACUGCCCGAAAGUCAUUUUGCUCGUCUUUUCUCAUUUAAAGUGAAGGACUGAAUUUUGUUUGGUUUUGUUUUAAUUUGCAUUCAUUUGACUGAUCAGUAAAGAACUCUGGAGAAUACAUCUGAUACUUGCUGUUUGAGCAAUUAUUGUUCAUUUAUUUUUUAAAAAUUCUCAUUGUAUAUUAUCAUAAUGCAUUUUUUGACAAGACAAUGGUAAGUAGGGUUUAACAAAGACUGUUCAAUAUGUUGUACUGUUUAUCUUGUACUGUGGGUGAGAAGUCUCUUGUGGAAUAUGCAUUAAAGCAUUUGUAUGUGCAUGGUUGUUAAUGCAUUAGGUUGGAGAUGCCAUAUUCCUUCAAGAAUAUAGAUGCAAACAAUCAGUAGGUGGAUCUGGUGUGCACAGAAGAAUCCAGGAUCAGGAUGCAUUGGGAUUUGGUUUUGUUUGGUUUUGGUUUUAAUACAUAUAACCUAUUAUGGAAAUGUAUUUAAAUGGUUGUCUGGAUCUUUUUCUAUCGGUUGUGGAUCCAUUGAACCUGUUGCUUGUCCAAAUAUUUUGCUGCCCACAGUGCUAAAUGGAGAGGGCAGAAAUGGCAGUCAGUUUUUCAUAAAAAAUUUUAGUGAUCUGAUUGCUUGUUGGGAUUCAUGCAUAAUCCAUCUAUGCCAUGAAACUGGUGGAAUGGUUUGUAAAUAUACAUAUUUUGUGUGUAUUGUCUUCAGUGGUGUCUGGAAUUUCAUUCAGGACAACUUUACAAUCAAAAGCACUGUCAACGCAGUUUAAUCGGCAUUGUUGGGUUAAAUUGAAUACAUUACCCACAAUGUUUGGAUAAUGACAAUUUCAAUAAAUGCUGAAGACAAAAAAAGGAGAAAUAGAUGGGACAUCUGAGAUAUUCACUGCACAGACACAAUGGUAUUGUAAGGAGAGAUGUAUCGAUAGGAAAAGAGAAAAGAAAAACUGAUCUGACCUGUUUGAUGUUGCUUCAUAGGGUUUUCAGAGUGUUAUUUCAACUCUGCAGCUGCCAAUUGUGCUCUGAGUCAAAGAAGUUAAUGCAGCAUACCUUUUAAAGGACAGUAUUUUGUAAUGAUUGUCUCUACAUUUUUGUUAUGAAUUGAUCAACUUUGUACUUCUCAAGCUCUAAUAGUUUAUAAUUCUUUAUAGCUUUAAGAGAACUCAAAAGCACAAAAUUAAUUCAGCAAGGCAAAAGUUGAAAUUAUAUUUAAAUUAUUGGGUAUGCAAUCUCUUUUAUAGUCUAUCAAAGCUAUGUGACUUGGAAAGCAUCAAAUGCCCUCUUUGUCAUUUAUUUCCUGUGCUUAGACUUAAUUGCAGGCAGAAAAAAAAAUCCAUGUGUCAUUUUAUGUACCUCUGCAACAGAAUUGUUAAUACAAAUACAGUGUCUAAGCAUUACAUCAUUUAGUCUAGUCCAAUAAACCAUCUUUUUUUGUGGUCA